CCUCGUCGUUGUUGCCCUGGCCUGGCGGGAGAUAAUAAAUGGCUGAGCUGCGCCGCAGACACACGCAAUCCUGGUGGUGCUGUGCUGUGCUGUGCUGUGAUUUGAUUUGAUGGAUGGCGAUGGUGGAGGUGGUGAGAUGGGUGAUGGUGUGAUCGGCGUCGUUUCCUCCCUCUCUCAUCUGCUCUACUGUCCUGCGCGCAGGGCUGUGGCUUUAUCUACAGGACCGCAAGAUCUGAUCUGGGUCGCUCUCCUCUCUCACCUCCCUCGGCUUUCGUCGUGGACAAAGUGUACUGCAUUUGGAGAACUGGCGAGAUGGGGAGAUCCUAGACUCGAGAGUGUCGAAUAUAGAAGUCUGUCCGCUUAUCUCUGCGGUUUCAUCGGCAAGGUCUGGAUAUACCCAAGAUUUAAUUAUUACAGUUUCUCGAAUUUGGAAGACGGGAAGUGUGGCCUCUCUCUCUCUCUCUUUGUCUCGCUUCCUGACCACCGUUCUCUCUCCUUCUCUCGAACACGUGUGAACGACCGUACAAAUCCCGCACAGAUAGAUAAGGACCGGCCGAGUCCAGUUUUCCCAUCCCAGCUGCCUACUUUUUGGGGCCGUCUAUUCAUGCCUUUCUCCGUCUCGCUCUGUGGAUAUGCUCGUAUGGGGAUGUGGAUGUCCGCGUGGGCGCGAGUGAGUGAUCGGAGCGUCCGAGCGCUUUCGUCACACACACAUCGUCGCCAUCGACGAUGCCGCGACGCGCUAGACUCGUCGUCGAUAUACCGCUUUGAGUAAGAAUCGUCGCGAAUGAGAUCUUGGAAGUCGGAGAACUAGAUGCGAGCUAGAUGGUGAAACUCGAUGCUGCUAUUGCUACUCCUACUGCUACUCCUACUACUACUACCGUAUCGAGUAAGAUGGAGCAUUGGAAGGAAAAUCAUCCCGUCA